GGAAGUGAUUCAUACGCGGAAACAACACGUCAGAAAUGGCCACAGGGGCAGACCAAGCAGUUGGCAUGGGCCUUGUUGGCUUCAGCCUCCUGUUGUUUACAUACUACACAAUAUGGGUAAUCAUUCUGCCGUUCGUGGACAGCGAUCAUGUGGCCCACCAGUAUUUUCUUCAACGGGAGUAUUCUGUCAUUCUACCUGGGAUCGCAGCAUUGAUACUGCUGCUCAGUGUAGGCACCUUCAUUGGCGUGGUCACCUGGAAGAAUCGCAAGCCUAAGAAGGUGGACUAAGAGGGAUGGUAUCACAGAGGUUAGACGGUUGAGGAUGUAGAGCUAGAACUAAAGCUUCCAUAGAACCUCCCUGGUUCCAACAUCUUUCCAACAGUUCAGCUGAAGAAACUAAAAAUAAAGUCUGGACUGCUUCUCUGGGACAGCUGAUGAAAACAUCUAAUGACUGAAAGACAUAAGAUUUGAAGAGCUGCGGUCCACAACCUUCUAUCCCUUAUCUCCAUUCAGACCCACUAUGUGAAAUCCUUAACCUUGCCGUUGGCAAUGCAUGGCUCCGGAUGCUAUAUUUGUCCUCAAGGUGCAUUGUCAUUUUGCCAGAGAUUAAAAUCAAUGAGUCGGUAUUCACUGUUACUGUAUGUGGUCAGAACUAGAUAAAACCUGGCUUCAUAAUGUGGAGGGGAUAAAGAUUUGCUGAUUUUGUUGAGUGUACUAUAUCAGAUCUGAUCAAAGUUUCACUUUGGCAUCCCUUUUCAUCACAUCUUGGAUUUAGUUUUCAGGCACUGUUUUACAUCUCAAUUUAAGAUAAAUUGGAGUGGUCACCCUUAAAGGCAGUGUUGUGUUCGAGACCACUGAGACUGAGUCAAGACCGGGAGGGUGACAAGGGGUCCAAGACUGAGACCAGAAGGAUGCGAGUCCAAUUCAAGACCAUGAUUGAAAUUCUGUCAAAAACUCAUCAUCUGGUGUGUGGAACUGUGUGUUUUAUUGCUGUGCUUGCUGUUAGCCAUCUCUUUGAAAAUAACUUGUGUGUGAAACAUUGUGGUGGUUUAAAGUGGAACUAACAGCAUUUUAGCAACAUAACAUUUGAUUAAAAUCUGUUCAGAUACACACCCAGGAAUAAUAUGACACUUUAAAAAAACAAUGUAUCCUGAAAAGCGACCACUUAGAUAUGGUCCUUUUCAUAAAUUCUUAGAAUGUUUGGGAAUUCUGUAUACUAAGGCAUUUGAGAAAAUUCUAUAGCAAUGUAGAUUGGGAAAGCAAAAGUCAGUCACUCACCUACUCUUCCAAUGACAUGACAUCCUCCUAGCAGCUAGCUAUCUAGCUAAUGUUACUGUGUUUUUAACUUGAUACAUAAAGAUACAUGCUAGCCUAUUAGCCACGUUAUGACUGACUUGUGGUCAUUGCCCUUGCUCGUUUGAUUGUAUUGAAAUUCCUCGCCUUAGUUACAUUCAUAUGUUUUUGUCCAGAUUAUUGAGUCUUUGAAACUGAAACCGUACAUCCUGAAUGGAGACACAGAACUAUGUACAAGGCCAGCUGUGAUGCACAAUCUGAUAGCAAUAUAAAUUUAUUGGUGAAUUAU